AUGAGAAACCACUCACUGUUGACUACAUUCUUUCUUACUGGACUAACUGAUGAUGCUGAUUUGCAAAUGGUGACUUUUCUUUUUCUAUUUCUAACAUAUUUAUUGAGUGUCACUGGAAACCUGACCAUUAUCUUGCUCACUCUACUAGAUUCUCACCUCAAAACACCCAUGUAUUUCUUCCUCCGGAAUUUUUCAUUUUUAGAAAUAAUCUUUACAUCUGUUUGCAUCCCUCGCUAUCUUGUCAGCAUAGUGACCAUCGAUAAAAUGAUAUCCUAUGAUGCUUGUGCAGCACAAUUAUUUUUUGUCAUCUUCUUGGGUGCAUCAGAAUUUUUCCUGUUGGCUGCCAUGUCCUAUGAUCGCUAUGUGGCCAUCUGCAAACCCUUGCAUUAUACAAACAUUAUGAACAGCAGAGUCUGCUCCCAAAUGGUUGUUACCUCCUGGGUAGCUGGAUUGUUAACAAUCUCUCCUGCACUCAUUAUGGGCCUGGGGUUAGAAUUUUGUGAUGUCAAUAUUAUUGACCACUUUUUGUGUGACUAUUCUCCUAUCCUAAAAAUCUCCUGUUCAAACACUCAGGUGCUAGAAUUGUUAGGUUUCAUCUUAGCCAUUUUCAUACUGUUGAUUACAUUGACUAUGGUCAUACUCUCCUAUGGAAACAUUAUAAGAACAAUUCUGAAGAUCCCUUCUGCCCAGCAGAGGAAGAAGGCUUUUUCAACUUGUUCCUCCCACAUGAUUGUUGUCUCCAUCACUUAUGGAAGCUGUAUUUUUAUGUAUAUUAAACCUUCUGCAGAAGAAAGGGUAGCUUUAAAUAAAGGGAUCGCUGUACUCAACACUUCAAUUGCACCUGCUUUAAAUCCUUUUAUAUACACCUUAAGAAAUGAGCAGGUGAAACAAGCCUUGAAAGAUAUAUUUAAAAAAUAUACUGCCUUCAAAUAA